AUGUUAUUUGCCUUUUCAAUUGUCAAUGUUGAGGCUGACCCAAUCGUAAGCACCUGUAUUUUUGCGAUUUUCUCAAUUUGUGAUGUUUUCGCGACAGGACCCAAAACAAAGAAAUUGUUCUGGAUGAGAACAAAACUGAAAUAAUUGGAAUUAAAGGUCCAUAAGACUUUCUAAAAAUUUUUGGACCACAGGAUACAUAAAGAUUCCAGUUAUGACCUAGCUAAUUUACCUUAUUUUAGACAAAUUUUGUUGGCGAUACUUUUGGAAGCCUUUCCGGUCCAAUCAUCUUGUAUUCAAAAGAAGGAGUGAACUGGGUCGCCUGUUUCUUCUGCACCCACAUCUUCGACCUGCUUGUUUAUCUGCUGAAAAAUUCCGAUUGGUUUUAUGAGGUGGGCAAGGAUAAUAUAAAAUAACGGGGAAAUGGUCAGGAUCUACAAAAAAUUGUUUUUAAAAACCCUUUUGACCUUCAGUUGCGUAUUGGUUUGCUUUUUCUGAUUGAAUGAUAUUCAAAAUCAGCCUUAGAACAUAAUGCCAAAAAUGGCGGCAAUUUCGAAAUUUGAAUUUUUUCUCGUCUCAAGAUGUCUGAAAUACCCCGGAUCUUUGGUGAAUAUUGAUAAAAUAACAGGAAAAAAUUUUGGGUCAGUCAAAAUUACAGUAUCCCCCUCCUUCAGAUAGCCGAGUACGCCUGUAACUACGUAGCCUGGGAUCUUCUCUGCGAUUUCGCACUGCCCUCGGUCUAUGUGUUGUCCAGUUUUGUCUCACCCAAUUAUGCAUGCAGUCUGGCGGAUGUUUGCCCAUUAUUUGAUGUGGACAAGAGAUCCUACGACUACAGUAAAGGCCAAUUUGGAAACGACUCUUUUGACGAAACUCCGGACUUUUUCGAAACCUUAUCGAAAAGUAACAACAAAUACAAGUUUGAUGUCCAUUACGGAAAGCAAAUCGAGAAUUUCAUUGCAAGAAUUCCAUUGGAAGAUGUUCAAAAUUUGGAGAAAAUUUUUAAUUCGUUCGAAAAGAAAAAUCGGGACGAAAUUCAGGAAAAAAUCGCCAAUUUCAGACAAAAUGUGAAGAAACGGCCAAUUCAAGACAGCCUAAAUGUGCUCCGAGAAAUCAUCGAGCUGUUUAAAACUUCUUUGGCCAGCAGCAAACGCGGUGAUGCUUAA